GUGGCAUCCGCCAAGCGUCGCGAGGAUGGGUGCCGCCGAGACGUCGAUCUGCAUUUCCGUGCUGUGCUUAUACGUCCUCAGGGCUACACCACCACCACGUGCUUCCAAUCGUAUGGCUUACGCGAAAGAACCUUCCUUGGAGAUUAUGCCAAGCGGGGAUACACAGACGAGGCCAAUCGGCUCCAGCAUCAUCCUGACGUGCAAACCGAAAGUCGACGACACCAAGCUGAUCAAGGACAUGCAAUGGAUCGACCCCCAGGAUCACGUGAUCGAAUCACUCAAACUCGUCGUUUUACCGAUGGAAAGCACCCCGGGUCAUUCGCAGCCACCGAUGUACACGGAAUUGCUCCAGGACAAUAGUUUGUCUUUGUUCUUCAACUCUCUGCAAGAACAACAGGCUGGGAAAUACACGUGCAAGGCCACUUACGCGAAUUCGAUUCAGCUGGAGAAGUCUGUGACGAUCGAUACCAUAGUUGCGAUCACUUGGGACAAUGCACCGCCCAAUCAAUAUCCUAUUCUGGGAGAAGACUACGCUAUUCAGUGUAAAGUGCGGGCAAGGCCUUCACCCUCGGUCGACUGGCUGUACAACGGCGAAUUAAUUAAGACGAACGACCACUACAUUAUAGACACGUAUGCUCUGAAGAUCAAGAACGUUCAAGAAUCCGACGACGGUAUCUACACUUGCCGUGCUUACGUAUUGACCACUGGAGAGCUGAGGGAACGACCUAUUCGCGUCGAGGUCCACAUACGGCCGACGGUGGAGGAGUUCCCCGCCCCGGUGGAUGUGAUCGAAGGGGAAGACGCAAGCAUACGAUGCAAAGCUCAUGGCAAACCGCCGCCAAAAUUCACUUGGGUGAAAUCGCUCACGCACCAGAAUCUUUCGAACGCCAAUCGCUUUGGAGUGGACUCUGAUACGGGAAUAUUAACCAUCACGAACGUGAAUCGCGAAGAUGCAGGGGAGUAUCAAUGCACGGCGAUAAAUUUAGCCGGUGAAGCGAACACGAAUAUCAGAGUGAACGUGAUCGUGAAGCCAAAGAUCAUGGAGUUCUUGAACAGUACCGUGGUACAGGAUAACGAGGCGAAUCUUGUCUGCAAGGCCUUUGGCAAACCUCCACCCCAAGUCACCUUUAGGAAGCUGACCGAUGAGAAACCGUACGUGAAAGGGACGCAACUAGACGACGAUAGAAUCAUGCUAACGAACAGUGCCGAUGACACGAACGGCGAAACGAUCGGUACAUUAACGAUCAAUAAAUCGCUCAGAUCAAACGAUGGACUCUAUGAAUGUAUCGCCGAGAACGCAGGAGGCGAAGCGCGUAGAAACGGUCAUUUAACUGUCGAAUUUCCGCCAUCGUUUGCUUCCAUGCAGAAUACAAGCUCUUGGUCGUGGGAGCAGAGACCUGUGAACAUCAGUUGCAUCGCCGAGAGCAUACCGAACGCUACCAUUCGCUGGACCAUGUACGGUGAUCAGAAAAUCGACAAUGACAACAUGAUCAAGCAGCUGGGCAACGGUCCUCUGUCUACCCUGAUGAUUGUCCCGCUGGACAAGCGGUAUUACACCACUUACAAGUGCAUCGCGUCUAACAAGCAUGGCACGCGGGAACGCAAUAUCGAAUUGAGAGAGGCCACGAAGCCGGCAGAAGUGUUGCAGGCGAAAAUGUCUGAAAUUACCGCCACUACGAUUAAAUUCGAUCUCGUGCUACCUAGCAGCAAUCCUGAACUCCCUGCGAAGAUGAUUACCGUGCAGUAUAAGGAGGAUGGGCAGACCUGGAUGAUGGCGAAAAACAAAACGUGGUCUACUAAUUCAUCCUACGUCCUGGAAGAUCUGAAACCACAGACUUCGUACGAGUUCCGAUUCGCAGCUAGAAACGUGGUCGGCCUUGGUAACUGGGGAGCGUACCAUCGCGAAAUUACGCCCGGAAGGACGUUCCCGAACGAACCAAAGAUAAUGAUGCCUAGCGCAGAGUACGAUGUGUCCAGGUUCAACAAUCAAUACGAGCUAACUUGGUUGGCGCCAGCCGAUAACGGCGAGCCGAUUGACAUGUACCAGAUCAAAUACUGUCAAAUAAAACGCGUUUCUGGCGAAUGGGAGGUGUUGGAGAAUACCUGUCGAACAGAAGACAUCAAGACACAAGGAAGGCUGAAACACUGGAUCAAGAACCUAUACUCCGACACGUUCUACAAAGUGGAGCUGAAGGCGCACAACAUAAUGGGUUUCAGUAAGCCAGGCUCUGGGAAGUUUAAGACCGCCAGAGGUAUAGACACAACUGUGGUUCAUCAUCAAGGACCUCUGAUAUCAAGCGCAGCCAUAAUUGGUAUCGUCAUCGCGGUACUAUUCAUUAUUAUUAUCGUGAUCGACGUGAUCUGCUGUUGCGCGCAUAAGACAGGAAUCAUAUAUUACGUGUGUGAACGUUCCCGCCGAAAGCCAGUAGACGAAGAGGACGCGAAACUUGGCAGUCUUUACGGUUGGCGGUUUCCAUUGCCGUAUUGCGACCAAAAAAUGGCCAAUGUCGCCGGGGUCACGGCCAUCCAAGACUCGGGUAGUGGAAAAAAUACCAUUAAAUUGGUCAAACAUACUGCCAUAGACGAGAAGGAACCACUGAAGGAAGAGAAGAAAAUCACACCGAUCAUCGACUCGGGUCUUCGCCGGGAGACAUCUAUCACGUUUGACGGCAAAAGAUCCGUCUCAAAAACUGGUUUCGUCGGCAAGGAUUCAGCGGUCUAGAUAUUCUUCCGGCGUACUAGAUUGUAAAUCAACCAUGGAAACACCAUUUCUGGCCGAAGUGUUCUCGAACGAUACGAAAAACAACAGAUAAGCCCGUACAUCCCGAAACGUACACGUAGGAAACAGAGUUUCGCGGUUGCUAAGAAUCUUCUCCUUUGACGAAUUCGAAUUUCAAAACGAUUCGCGACUCUACUCGGGAUUUGCGCGGGAACGUGGAGCAACGAGACGUGUUCAGAAUGACACCUCGGUUUCCGUUUCUUAGAUGAGACACGACGCGCCAUCUCACCGCGAUCAAAUAAUACAAAAUCGUAUUCGUCUGCUUCAUUCGCGGAAUUUUCAAAGAUCGAUGCGAUAAAUUCGCUCGUACAUUCUCGUCCGCCCUUCCUUCUGGAAGGUAGGACAAAAAGAUUGUAGCAUUUAUUCGUAAGUCUGCACGUUACCGAUUUUUCUCGAUACAAAAUUCAUCUACAUGAUUUUUCAUCAGUCGCGAUAGUUCUGUGUGUAUAAGAAAAAUAUAUCUCACUUUCUCCCCUUCCUCGCCAAUGUAGUCACCAAAGCGUAUGAAAAAUAAUUGUAAUUUACGAUCUAUGGUAAAGUACGAAACGUAUUGUAAUCCAAGAUCAUAUUGGGGAAAAGAGGAAAUUAUCGAUAUAAUGUAACUUAGCGAAUAUUGCAAGAAGGAGGAGGUAGAUAGAUCGCUUAAACGAGAAGAAAGCAUGUACAAAAUUAAUCGCGAAAUUGGUAGAAGUUGGUCGAUAAUUAGUGAUCAUUGCUUCGAGGCACCCUCUAGAUACUCGCAGUCUAGUACGCUGGGUAGUACUGUGUUAUCGUGUGCACAGCACGAAACUAAAAAAGAAGGAACGGUUUACCUAUUCUAUAUCGUUUCUUCUACGUUAAUAGAAGGAACAUGGUGUAACAAUUAUUAUAGAAAUAAGAAACUGAAGUUUUAAGAAGUUUUGCGAACGAAGUAGAAACGGACGGAAUAGGUUACGUCUCUCUCUCUCUCUCUCUCUCUCUCUCUCAGUCUCAACGAGGUUCAGUAUUCUAUAAGAACCUCUGGUCUGUGUAUAUAUACUUUUAAAAUUUAUCAUAUUUCCUCGACAUGUUCCAUUCAUGUAUGUUUUUCGACUAGAAGUCGUAUUAUAUGUUCCAGAUUCACAAACACAGAUAUGCUGCAUCUUAUUCAGCACGAUUCUAAACGACGAAUUAUCAAUUUCGUGGUUAUAUGACUUGAUUUCAAAGACUGAUUCCUUUAAGCGCGUAACCUUAUGAAAACGAAUCAUACCGAUUAUUAGUGACGAUCAAAUAAUUCAGGCUAAUAAACGGUUUAAAAUUUUGUUUCGUCGUUUACGUAUCUUUUGACAAGAUUUACCGCCACGUGUUUCCUCUAGCCAUGAACAAACUUUUACAAAAAUAUUUCUGCCGCUCGACUUUUGAGUAUGAUUAUAUGUAUUCUUGCCGUGACAACCAACAUGACUGAUGUAUUAGUUAGGAGCCGUACGUUUAUUCGGUUAAUUAAUACGUAGUUAUGUUUUUUACUUCAAAGUGAACAUCAUUUGCGUGAAAUAUUGUUUCCUUUAUUCGCGUCCUAAUUUAUCGUGAUAGUUUUUGUCAUUUAUAUCUCACAAUGUAAAGAUUAUAUCGUCGAGGCAUCGCGUGCAAGAGCAGCCUUAGUGUCUCUGUCAUUUUUACAUCCUUUUUUUCGUUAUUAGUAUUUUAUGUAUCCUAUGUAGUUACCCUGUAUGUAAGAAAGUAAUCUAACCGAGAACUGGUUAGCUUCCGCGAUGAAAUUGUAAUCGAUAAGAUUAUGUAUCAUCACGAUCGGAUUAUUGAUACAGUUAGAGAACAGUAUACUUAAAAAGCUGUAAAAUACGAAAAUUAAAAGAAAUGUUACCGAAAGAAGUCGUGUUCGAUAUGUCGACCGCGAUGGCAUUUUAAUAAGUCCCAAAUGUAUCUUUCGACAAUUAAGUCUCUCUACUGUGUAUGUAUAGUGUAAUCGAAGCAGCGAUAUCUUCGAUUCGGCUAAGUAAACUUUUCUCCUUUUGAGCACUAAAUUAAUACUUGACAUUUGUAACAGGGAUUCGAAUCUUUUUGUUUCAGAAAAAAGAACAAUCGAAAGCUGCCAUAUACAUUAUAUAUUAUUAUAUUCGAUAAUAUUAAAAUAAUGCCGAUUUUUUCCUAAUGUGUAAGAUGGCUUUUCAAGAAAACGCAGUUAAAAUGUGAUAAGUUUUUGUAAAUGCUUGUAAACGUUUUUCCUAAUCUUUAAGAAAAUAUUGGAAAUAAGUUUAGGAGGGUUCGCUAAGUUUAGAAUGUUGUAUGUGAAGUUGGAAGGUGUGUUCGCAAAAAAAAAGAAGAAAAAGUAAACUGAAAAAAAUAAUCGAUGUGUGUAUAUUUAUUUAAGAUAAUUGUACCUCUACCUAAAGAAAAAGAAAUUAAAAGGUCAUCGUUCCCUUACCUGCGAACACACUUUCUGCAGGGUAGCUUUUUUACGUACCGUAAACAGAGUUUUGCCAAAUAUAUAGUACUUAUUAGCUUAUAAGUCAACGAGUACACAUUAUAGGUACACAAGGAAUAUAUAUUACAUCGGAAAAAAGAAGGGGAAAAAAAAUAGUGGAUUGUUCAUUGUAAUUGUCACGCAGUAUUUUCGAGCCUUCAUCGAGUCAAGAAUCGAUGAUUCGAUGAGGAGGAAAAGACACGUUUAUCUAGCUAUUUUAUAUUCGUUGCCAAAAUCCGUAACCCAAGUAGCUUCCCACAAAAAGUAUUACUGCGCAUCUUCCAUUUUAAAGAAUAUUAUUACGAAACAUUAUUAAAAUUCGUAGGUUAAGGCAUAUUUUUUAUGUAUGCUUUUUCUGUACGCGUCAAGGAAACGUACUCGACUAAUAAAGGAUAAAGAACAUUU